GUUCUGACUCGAACCAAGGGCAGGAGGUAUCAUCAAUGCCUUUGCCAAAAAUGUUGCUAUGCUCAUUGUUGGAAGAAUUUUCCUAGGUUUCGGCAUUGGAUUUGGCAAUCAAGCAGUUCCACUGUAUCUUUCUGAAAUGGCGCCUGCAAAAAUCCGAGGAGCUGUUAAUCAACUCUUUCAGCUAACAACAUGCCUUGGAAUAUUAGUAGCUAACUUCAUAAAUUAUGGGACUGCCAACAUACAUCCUCAUGGAUGGAGAAUUUCGGUGGGUUUGGCAUGCCUUCCUGCAACUUUGAUGUUUGUCGGAGGGCUUUUCCUUCCGGAAACCCCAAACAGUCUGGUGGAACAAGGCAGGUUAGAAGAGGGAAGGAGGGCGUUAGAAAAAGUCAGAGGUACCACGAAUGUUGAGGCCGAAUUUGCUGACCUUGUUGAUGCUAGUGAAGCAGCAAGGGCUAUCAAACAUCCCUUCCGAAACCUUCUUCAGAGGAAGAACCGUCCUCAGUUGAUUAUAGGUGCUAUAGCACUUCCAGCAUUCCAACAACUUACUGGACCCUCAGAUCAGAUUUUAUAGCUAAUGAUAUUAGCA